UUCACUAGGGUUAGUGUUUUAAUAAGAUAAUUACACAUUUUUCUGAUUGAAUUUAAUUUUGGUUUAGAAUUUAGGAAUUUUUGUUUGUGUAUAAAGUAUUUGGCAACAAUAAUUUUAAAAAAUAACAAUAAUUUCAAUGGUUUUGUUAUCAUUGCAAUAGUAACAUAUUUUAUGAUGAAAUUAUAGGCAGUGUUCAUAAUGGUAAAUAAGUACUUUGCAAGGUUUUCCCAAAAUUCUGACACAAAUUUACAUUCAAAGAACAAGUGAGAGAGAUUCUCACCUUCUUUUUCACAGAAAACACAGAUAUCAUCAAUAGCCACAAAUAUGGAAAUCAUAGAAUUACAUGGAUAUAUCUUAUGUAAAAUGUUGAAGUGCACUUCCUUAACUUUGUUUGGUAUACAGUAUUUGUAAGGUUUCAAGUAAACCCACACCUUCCAAUCUGAGUUCUGGAUAAACUUUGAUCAUUCCCAAAAUUAAGAUGACUUUUCACAAGUGUAGUUAGACCACUGAGAACGGCGUUGAUCACAGAAAUAAACUCUCUGAAAGGUAUUGGAAACUCUUUCAAUGUUAUAAAUUGUUCAUAUGUGAGAAUAUUACCCUUGUUCUCGAAAAUAUCAAGAACAAAGUCAAUAUUCCUCUCGUGCCAGCUGGGGUAGAACAAUGACUUAUUCCACAAAAGAGCUUUAUGAAAAAAGGGGGAAAAUUGUGCAGGAAACAUAUUUUCCAGGCCUCUUAACGGGCUGUGUUAUGUGUAGGUUUACCCUGGCGUGACGUUUUGAUAACCUUGUAAAUCUCUUUCGGACAAGAUGACUUUUAUCAAUAUAUUAAUCCGUUUAUUGAUAUGCUACACCUGUAAGGGGGAUGGAUUAACCUGGCAAAAGAGAAAUGCUCACUAACAGGGACGUAAACAAAUUUGUGAUCAAAAUUUGAACAUUACAGGGAUCUUUAAUUUCAGCUCAUGAAAUAUGGGACCAACACUUUACAUGUUGCGUUUGUAUUUUUGUUGAUAGUAGUUAACAUUUAUUUAACAGUACCUUGAAAACGGCACCAAUUUGUCAAUGCUUUUAGCUGAGCUGGGGAUCUCAUUGCCCAUCAGCAGGCGAAUCUAGCGCUCAGCACCUUAUUGUGACGUUUUAUUGAUAAAGUUUAGGACUAAUGACCAACUGAGUAUUCUACUCAAUGCAUCCACAUUGGGCGCUGGUGAUUUUUUCUUCUUCUAAAGUGCAAUACUGUGGCUUGAAAACAUGUCAUUUCAUUUUCUCGCCAGAUUGAUUUUAGAUGCAGUAUGUUUAGCUACGAUUGAGGGGAGACCUCCAGAUUUUAACUAGCUAACAUUAGCAUUACUAUCUAUUUUUCCCAAGCUUUGCUAGCUAAUGACAACAUUGCGAUCUGUCUAAAGUAAAUUUGACAAUACGAUGAUGGCAAAGUUGUUUCCUACAAAAUGUGCCUACUUUUCCAAUGUAGUUAUAUUCCUAAACCCCUAUCAGUCACUAGCCCCGUUCUACCUUCGAGCAUCAAUGUGGCUGUGGCGGCUGAAGAACGUUGUUCUGCAAAGGGUUGGUCAAAACAGGCAUUGUGAUUGGUUGAGACAUAUUCUAAACCAUACUAAAAAACGUUUAGCGGUAAUCCUAUGACGCAAAAAUCUUGUUUUCCGUCCCAUCUGAGAAUUCCCUGCGCAGCCAGUGUCCCUUCAGCCCAGCCAAUUCAUUAACUUGAUCUCCACUGUAAAAAGAAUCUAGACAUUAUUUCCCCUUGCUUCUAGCCUAACAUUUGGUUUGUAACAACCGGGGUUUGUACAAACAUUGAUGUCUGUCUCUCAACAUUUGCAGCAUUGUUUCAAUAUUGAAAUUCGAUCUACACUGUCCUAUUUUGAAUUUUUGUAUCAGGACUAGGACAUAUUUUCUCAGCCAGUCGAAAUGAAUCAACAUAAUUUGAAUGGAUAUAUGCAAAAUAAAUACCAUUAGAAAAACAGGUCAAACGAAAUUAAAUGCAGCUACUUUGCUGAUAUUCUAGCUGCAUGGUUUGAAUUGACUGUGUUAGCUUUAGUUGGCUGGCUAGCAAUGGCUGUCCUUAUGCAUGACGCGACUAGAGCAGUAAAAAUAAAUAUUUUGCCUUACCCGUGGUAUACGGUCUGAUAUACCACGGCCAUACAGGGCUCGAACCACCCAGUUUACAAUGGCACAGACACAAAGAUUGAGUCCUAACUAUCUCUAUGGCGUGUUGCUCACACACGUAUCUGCCCUCUCAUUGGUUAGAAUGGUCCCACCUGAUCUCGCCUCCUACCGCCUGCCUUCCAUCUGCUCAUCUCACGCUUGACCAGAACUUACCAGUGUCACAGUUAACGUACCCCCUCCAGGCCACCCCUCACUUAAAUGAGAAUGUCUCUGGCCCAGAGAGUCCUACUGUCAUGGACCUUCACCCUCAUAUUCCUCAUCAUGCUGGUCCUCAAACUGGACUCCAAGAUCCACUGGAACUGGUUCCUCAUCUUCCUCCCUGUAUGGACAUUUGACACCAUUCUCAUCCUCAUGCUGGUGGUGAAGAUGGCGGGUCGGUGCAAGCCCGGCUAUGACCCACGGGACGACCAGCAGAACCUGUGGCAGAGGGUGUUGUACCUGAUUGCAAUGCUGCUGAAACUGGGCUUCUGUCUGACGCUGUGCGCCCGGUUGGAGAGGCUGACGGACAUCUGGCUCAGUGUGGUGUGUGUCCCCCUCUGGGCCAUGCUGGUCGGGGCCAUGGUGGAGCUUGGCUAUAAUGUCUUUCACUACCGGAGAGACUGAGAGGAGGGAGAAAGAUGGAGAUUGAUUUUAUUUACUCAGUCUAAAGACUGCAACUGAGUCUGUAAGGGAGGUGAAUGGGAGAUUAUUGUAAUCCACUGCAGGAGAAACUGAACUGAAAAGGACUAUGAUGAAGAUAACAAAUGGAUUGGAUUAUUUUACUACAGCAGAUACUGAAAGAAGGGGGGUGAAGGGAGAUUGUUCCCACGAGUACAGAAUGUAAAGACUACUACAAGAGAGGCCGAGGGGGAGGAGAGAGUAGUGAAAUGGCACUAAUGACAAUGUAUUUGACUUUAUGAUGCUCCCAAAUGUAAUCUUUAUUUCGCCAUAGUGAUGCAUCAAGCAAUGUUGCAGCCAUGAUGGUCUCUGCCAGGGGAACUGAAGUCAAGACUGGGACUAUUCCACAGCUGAUUUGUUAUUGCUCAGCUAUAAUUAAAAACAUUUGCAUCUGACUAGGAUUGUGCAGAAACAUUUUCCUGUUUCUUCAGAAAAUGUUAUGAAAAUACAUUUACUUGAAGAACAAUGCAAAUGCAAAGUUUGGUAACUGAAUGACAUUUUGUGCUGUUUACUGUCAUUUUGUUAACAAACUUUUCAUUGUUUUUCAAAUAUAUGUGUGGGACUCGGUAAUCGACUCAAUUGAUGCUCCAGUGUAUAAUUUUUCUGCCGUGUGAUAUUUGAGACGUGUUGGUUGAGAAUUCAGAGAAUUCGUAAGCAGACUCUAACCCUUCCUCUCCAGACAGACUGACUGGUCUGUGCAUGUGCAUGUGUUAUUCUCUGAUAACUGGGACCGUUAAGGUCCAAUGGGUUUAUAUGUGAACAUUGGUAUUGAUUAUGUUUCUUUUAAGUGUGAUAGGGAUAUUUUUUUCCCUGGAGACCAUGAAGAAACACACAAAUCAUAAAAUGUCUCUACUUUGCUGAAGUUUUCAAAUAUCUGCCUGGGUUGGAUUGGUGAAAGCAGAAUGACUGAUUAUACAACAGUAGGUCCCUGCAUUCAUUUAUCCAAUCACAUGCAGAUCAGUGACUACCUCAAAGAAGGGAGAAGGUGUACAUUUUCUAUGGUUUGGAACAUGGCUCAGUGUGAUAUGAAGUGAAUUACAUAACUGGUAAUCUGACCCAAUCCAGAGAGUAUGGAGGGGGGGAUUGCCUACCCUCCGGGGUGUUGUGUUGUGUAAGAGAUCUUGGUGAAUCGGGGACAGGACUUGUACUGUUACUGGGUCGUUCCACAAAAUGAGUGCCUUUUGCGUUCCUUUGAUAUUUUAAGUAUACAUUUUAAAAGCCUGUUUAUUCAAUGAAGUUCCCUUUAAUAUAGACUACAGAGAAUGAAAUAAAUCAGAUUUUUAUUUGAAUAAAGACUUGCUAAAGUGCCAAAAUUCAGCAUUUUUACAUGUCCCUCUGUGACUUCCAGGAAGAUUUUAACCCACUUUUCCUCAAAAUCUCAAAGUUUUUACCAUCGUUGUAAAGCCCUAGUUAGGGAGUGAACAUUAUUUAAAAUAACGGUUACAUGGAGAAAAGCGGAUCUCACUGCAGCAAAAUAUAUUUGACAUAAACCCUCACUGAACGCUGAAAAAAAUGGCCCUAUACCAAAAAUAAUAAUUAAAACAAAGUGGAUAGCAGAGAACAUGUCUACAGUGCCUUCAUAAAGUAUUCACACCCCUUGACCUUUUCCACAUUUUAUAUUACAAUCUGAUUUUAAAAUGGAUUAAACAGAGAUGUUUUGGUCACUGGCCUAAACAAUAUUCCAUUAAUGUCAAAGUGGAAUUGUGUUUGUAAUUGUUUUUACAAAUUAAUAAAAAAUUGAGAGCAGAAAUGUCUUGAGUCAAUAAGUAUUCAACCCCGUUGAUUUUUUUAAUGAAUACCUCAUCUCUGUACCCCACACAGAAUUAUCUGUAAGGUCCUUCAGUCGAGCAGUGAAUUCCAAACACAGAUUCAAGCACAAAGACCAGGGAGGUUUCUCAAUGCCUCGCAAAGAAUGGCACCUAUUGGUAGACGGGUAAAACAAAAAAAAAGCAGACAUUAUAUAUACCUUUGAGAAUGAAGUUAUUAAUUACACUUUGGGUGGUGUAUCAAUACACCCAGUCACUACAAAGAUACAGGCCUCCUUCCUAACUAAUUUGCCAGAGAGGAAGGAAACUGCUCAGUGAUUUUACCAUGAGGCCAAUGGUGACUGUAAAACAGUUAAAGAGUUUUGUCUUUGAUAGUAGAAAACUGAGGAUGGAUCAACAUUUUAUUUACUCCACAAUACUAACCUAAUUGACAGUGGGAAAAGGAAGCUUGUGCAGAAUAAAAAUAUUCCAAAAUAUGCAUCCUGUUUGCAACAAGGCACUAAAGUGAUACUGCAGAAAAUGUGGCAAAGCAAUUCACUUUUUGUCCUGAAUACAAAGUGCUUUGUUUGGGGCAAACCCAAUAUAACACAUUACUGAGUCCUACUCUCCAUAUUUUCAAGCAUAGUGGUUGGUGGCUGCAUCAUGUAUGCUUGUAAUCGUUAAGGACUGCGGAGUUCUUCAGGAUAAAAAAAUUAAUGGAAUGGAGCUAAGAACAGGCUAAAUCCUAUAGGUAAACCUGGUUCAGUCUGCUUUCCACUGGGAGAGGAAUUCACCUUUCAGCAGGACAAUAACCUAAAACACAAGGCCAAAUCUACGCUGGAGUUGCUUACCAAGAAGACAGUGAAUGUUUCUAGGUUGAGUUACAGUUUUUACUUAAAUCUACUUGAAAAUCUAUGGCAAGACCUGAAGUCUAAGCAAUAAUCAACAACAUAUUUGACAGAGCUUGAAGAAUUUUGAAAAGAAUAAUGGGCAAAUAUUGCACAAUCCAGGUGUGGACUGCCACUUAGAGACUUACCCAGAAAGACUCAGCUGUAAUCGCUGCCAAUGGUGCUUCGACAAAGUAUUGACUCAGUGAUGUGAGUACUUAUGUAAAUGAGAUAUUUUUGUAUUUCAUUUUCAAUAAAUUUAGAAAAAUGUCUAAAAACACGUUUUCACUUUGUUAUUAUCGGGUACUGUGUGAAGAUGCAUGAGAAAAAAUAACAUAUUUAAUUAACUUUGAAUUCAGGCUGUAACACAACAAAAUGUGGAAUAAGUCAAGGGUUAUGAAUACUUUCUGAAGGCACUGUAGAUAUGGAGUUUUACAAACUGUUCUUUGUCCUGUAAGCAUUACAUGGCAACGCCGGCAUUUUGAUAUCAGAAGGUUGUGGGUUCACAGAGCACUGUGGACAGGAGUAGUGGUGGAAAAAUAUUUUUUAUAGUAAAAGCAUUGCAUGAAUAUAUCAUCGUUUUUGCAUGUCAGAGAAACAAAUAGCAGUUUAUAAACAUUUAUGCAAUUCUACAUCAUUUUACAUAUUAGCAGAAUAUUUUUUAAUACCACACAAAUUACCAAAAUCACAGGCCAAGAACGGACAUAGGCCUAUGUGUACAUAUUUUCAUAUUUCUCCAAUGCCAAAUCAGUAUGUCUUGUUUGCAACAAAACUGUCCCGGUUUGCAAAUAAUUGAAUCGGAGUCGUCGUUAAGCAUGGUACUUUCAAAAGUUAGGCUGACCUUUCCACCCCAGACAAAGUAGCCCUACCGAUGUAGAAAAAUCUAAGCUUUAACUUCUGGCUACUCUUCUUCCGUGGCUUUAACCCAACGAGAGACGGUCACAAGUGUGUCCAUAAAAAACAUUCUAUAGUACAGAAAGUGAAUAGCCUAAUCAAUGGAUAGUAACAGAAUUAGAUGACUUCCCAAGCAAAGUUAGUUUUGGUCUCCUCUGCUAUAGAAGGUUGUAUCUCAGUGUCUGAAUGUCAAAGAAACUAUGCCCCGACGAAUUGAGGCUGUUCUGAGGGAAAAAGGGGGAAGGUGUUCCUAAUGUUUUGUAUACACAACUAGCAACUCAUUCUAAAACAUAGAAAAAUAUUGACAUUUUAUCAAUUACAAAUGACAUGACCUUCCCCUAUAUAUUUAAAAAAUACUUAACCCUCCCCUUGACUGAAAUUGAAAAAAGCGCAACCCUCCCCCAUUUCCCUCCAGGUAACCAUUCUGUACUUAAUAUAGUAAGUAUUGAGAUGGUAAAACGUGUCAUUCAUUAAGUUUGAGCUAAAUAAGGCUAAUGCUGGGUUCAAACCAAACUCUGCAUCCCUUUAGAGUCCCACGGGAAUGGAUUGAGAAACACCAGCUGGGGUGUGCCUGGUUUGACAACACUUCUUAGAACAUUCCUUAAUAUUCUACCUGUAACGGGCUACGGCCAAACUCAUACUCCUGAACAUAGAUGAAAUCGUAUAGAGCCUAUGAUGUAGAUCAACUCAAGUCAACUAUUUUCGGACAAGUUUGUCUGCCAAAAGACAGACCAUUUGUGCCUUUUUUGUCAGAGAAUCACCAUCCGUUGUCAUUCAUCGGCUGUCUCUGCCUGGCCGGUUCCCCUCUUUCCACUGGGAUUCUCUGCCUCUAACCCUAUUACAGGGGCUGAGUCACUGGCUUACUGGGGCUCUCUCAUGCCGUCCCUGCAGGGGGUGCGUCACCUGAGUGGGUUGAUUCACUGUUGUGGUCAUCCUGUCUGGGUUGGCGCCCCCCUUGGGUUGUGCCGUGGCGGAGAUCUUUGUGGGCUAUACUCAGCCUUGUCUCAGGAUGGUAAGUUGGUGGUUGAAGAUAUCUCUCUAGUGGUGUGGGGGCUGUGCUUUGGCAAAGUGGGUGGGGUUAUAUCCUUCCUGUUUGGCCCUGUCCGGGGGUGUCCUCGGAUGGGGCCACAGUGUCUCCUGACCCCUCCUGUCUCAGCCUCCAGUAUUUAUGCUGCAGUAGUUUGUGUCGGGGGGCUAGGGUCGGUUUGUUAUAUCUGGAGUACUUCUCCUGUCCUAUUCGGUGUCCUGUGUGAAUCUAAGUGUGCGUUCUCUAAUUCUCUCCUUCUUUCUUUCUCUCUC